CCGAGCCCUAAUCUUGCACCGCGAGCUCGGACCCCACUACCCGGGCCGGAUCUCGCGGUGGGGGGAAGCGUGGGGUGCAGCUGUUACGUCGGGGCCGUUUCGGCAGCCUGGAGGCCAAGCGGGGGAAGAGUCCACCCCAGCGGCCGGGAGUGGCGAGCUGCUGGGAGCGGAGGCAGCGGCCGGCCGGGCGAGGGACGCGCAGACGCUGCGGCGCCGGAAGCGCGGCUGGGAGGCGGAAGUGGCUCGCUCCGGGCGGUGUAACUGGGCAUCUGGUGGGAGAGCGGCCGCCUGGACCCCACCGGAGCGUGUGAGCAUGUGUCUGUCAAGAAAAGGACUCUCAUUUUAAACGCUAGCGGAUCUGGAUUAGAUUGAGGUAAGAAAAAUGUCUCAAAAACAGAUGAAGGAAGCUUUUGUCAGUAACCUCAAUGGAACCAGUGUGCUGGAAGUCACUGAGGGCUUGUGCUUGCCAGUCCUGUGUAUCCUGCUCAGAGGACUCCUGCUUAUUCUCUUCCAGCAUGUGUGUUCUUCGCAUAGUUGGAGAACUCGAUUCUUGAUUGACUUUGUUGUCCUAAUUGUUCCCAUGGUGACCAUUUUGACUAUUUUGGCUUCCUUUGUCCUCCUGGAGAACCUCCUUUUAAUUCUCUUUGGGGCAGGGCUGUUCUAUCACAUAUACAGCAGGAGGACUUGCUUUGACAGAUUGCCUUUCAAAAAAAUCCUGGAAAAAUUCUUGAAAAUCAGUCUAGAAUCAGAAUAUAUUCCAGCCAUUACCUGUUUCCGUGUAAUUAACAGUGUAUUCACUGCUGUUGCCAUUUUGGCUGUGGAUUUCCCAAUUUUUCCCAGAAGAUUUGCCAAGGCAGAGCUCUAUGGGAUAGGAGCAAUGGAUUUUGGAGUAGGAGGCUUUGUUUUUGGAGCUGCAAUUGUUUCUCCAGAGAUUAGGAAAAAAUAUACAGAAGGGUUUAGAUUUAGUUAUCUUCUAAGGUUAGUAUACUCUAUUUGGCCAUUAAUUUUCCUUGGUAUAGGACGAUCAGCUGUUAUAAAAUCUAUAGACUAUCAGGAACAUGUAACUGAAUAUGGAGUUCACUGGAAUUUUUUCUUUACUUUAAUAGUUGUGAAAUUGAUAACAUCACUGCUUUUGGUUAUUUUCCCUGUAAAUAAAUCCUGGAUUGUGGCCACUGGCAUUUCUAUAUUUUACCAGCUAGCCCUUGACUUUACCUCACUGAAAAUGUUAAUUUUGCAUGGCACUGAUGGCAAUGGCACAAGAGUUGGUUUACUAAAUGCCAACAGAGAAGGAAUAAUAUCUUCUGUAGGGUAUGUGGCAAUUCACAUGGCUGGUGUGCAAACCGGUUCAUAUAUAUUUAGAAAAAGAACACAGGUCAAAGAUUGGAUACAAGUGGCAUGUUGUAUUCUGUUAGUAGCUAUUAGUCUCUUCAUAUCUCUUUCCGUAGUUCAGGUAAAGGUAGAAGCAGUAUCUCGAAGGAUGGCUAAUCUAGCCUUUUGUAUUUGGAUAGUUGCUUCUUGCUUGAUCAUUCUUAGUACUUUGUUAUUCUGCGAUAUAAUUUUGAGUUUUGCCAAAUUUCUAGUUAAAGAAGCUCUGGUUCCCUGUUCUUGGAAACUUACCCAGUUGCCUGCAACCCAUAAGAACAAUAUAGAAUCUCUAAAGUCUAAGACUGAAAGAAAGGAACCCAGUCUUUGUUUAAUCACAGCCCUGAACAGAAAUCAGUUAGUUUUUUUCUUGCUGUCAAAUAUAACAACUGGCCUGAUCAACCUGUCACUAGAUACACUACAUAGCAGUACUUUAUGUGCCUUGUUUGUGCUCAGUCUCUAUAUGUUUACAAACUGCUUUAUUAUAUAUAUGCUACACUUGCGAGAUAUAACUAUAAAAUUUUGGUGAUCAAUAUGAGUAGAAUAUUAUCUGUAAACAAGAGUAUUUUAAUAUGGAAGAAUAAAUGUGAAGAAAGUAUGUCUCUGGCAAACCAGUGUUAACUAUAUCAAAUUAUAAAAUUUAAGUGUUUAUGCCCUAGGCCCAUUGUAACAGCAUUGUGCUUGAGAUUUGUUUUUGUUUUGUUUUGUUUUGAUUUUUUUGCUUUUUGGGUCACACCCGACGAUGCACAGAGGUUACCCCUGCCUCAUACACUCAGGAAUUACUCCUGGUGGUGCUCAGGGGACCAUGUGAGAUGCAGUGAAUCAAACCCAAGUUGGCUGUGUGCAAGGCAAACGCCCUACCCGCUGUACUAUCGCUCCAGCCCCUGUGCUUGAGAUUUGAAUCUCUUUCACGAUACUUUCAAAUCUAAAGAGAAGAAACAAAACCUGAUUUAUUAAAAUAUUUGUGAAUUUCAGUUUUUAUUUGGGGCCGAGUAAUUUGGCCUCUACGCAGUGGUACAAAAGGAUUCUCCCAGCUUGAUGCUUGGGCCUUGAAACUUAACCAAAGGUUGGGAAAGAGGAUUUUUAAAUUAUAUCAUUACUUACCUGUACUUUUU